CGUUCUCUUUGCUACAUAGACAUUACUGUUAGCGUAACUUUUGAGACUUUUAGUUUUAUACGAGAAUUUUACAAUGGCCAGACACUCAAAGAAACGAUCAGCAAAUCCAUCUUCUUCAGUUGUUAGRACGCCGAUUCCUGCGGCGACUCCAAGUAGUGCUAUAGAGGAUCAAACAACAACUCCUUCGUGCAGUCGACGACUGCCGAUUCCUAUCACGCCGGGAUCAUCUUCUCCGUCGUCAUCGUGUUCUCUGCCAGCGACACCAGUUAGCCAUGAACCUGAACCAGCUGUUAAUCAAGACGAUAACCAAGAGGUCGAUGCUUCAGUUGAAGAUAGCGGUAGCUCCUUGGAGUCUUUCAUUAAAGAMCAGAGGGAGAUCAACAAAAGACUACUUCAGCUGUUAAGUGAGAACGAGUCUCGAUCUGCRAGAGGGCAAAAGAGAGGGCCUUUGCCGUUGCAACUUACGGAAGAUGUUAGAACAGUUUAUCAAAACAUGGACCUAGCUGAAAAAAAUGGAGAGAAUAUUCAACUUUGGGACUUCCAAAAAAGUUUCAGUGAAAAUGAGACAGUUAACAUUGCCAUUAUGCGAGGAGUUCUAAGCACUAGCAAUUAUUCAGCAGGUCAAGUUAGAGCGGCAAUCAGGACACAUUUCAAGACAAAGAGAAGGCGAUGGUCCUUAAACAGACAACAAGCCGAACUAUAUCUCAAAARUCAAAGGAGGCGAAGCCGAAUCAACACUAAAAGAGUUGGACGKGUAAGCAGCCUUAAAGAAUCUACAUCCAUUGGAGAAGAGGAAAAGAAGAAAAUUAAAAUGGUGCUGAAGAAUGAAUAUAUGUCUUCAGACGAAUCAGUAGCAGAGAGUGAGGAAGAGGCCAAUUCCUCAGACAGUGAAUCAGAAAUGACUCCUGUGAGGAAAACACGCUAUUUUAAAAUAAGGCGUUUAACUUGGCGAAGCCAGGAACUUGAUAGUAUUUUUAAAAARCUAGACAAACGUGUCAAAAGAAGGCGUACCUCAAAGGGGAGCUCUAUGGUGUUAGAGAGAAGGGAAGGGCAGCCCUCAAGAAGACAACCACCUCAUGAUGCACCAGCUUGGGCAAUCUCUCGAAAUUAGUUUUGUUUUUAAAAUUGUUAAGCUUUCUUAUUGAUAAUGUUUCCUUUCAUCAUUUUGCAGUUGCUUUCAAAAUCCCAUGAGUAUAGUAAAAACAGCCAUGCAAGAUGCAAUGGUCAUAAUGACAGUUUCUACUGCAAUUAUUAUUUUUUAUUACAUGUAGUACUAUGAAUGUGCUUAAUGGGUUUGUGAAAUCUACUGCAUAUCUUGAAUUGCAUUUCA